AUGGUGAUGUCCAGCAAAAGAUUUAGUAUAAAAGGACCAGCAGUGGAUGAGAAUGGUCAGUUCAGAGCAACGGUUCAACCUCCGCUACUAUUCUCAAGUCUACCCCUGGAAGAAUCUGAACUCUACAACAUGAUGCAUCCCCUACUAUAUCUGAUGCUGUUAACCGGUUUCUGCCUAGCUCACUAUAGAGGGUCGUAUGACAACCACAACUUAAUCGUCAGAGAAGAACCUUACUCCGGGGAUGACAGAGAUAUCGUGGAGUGCCCCGUGUGUGAAGAGUCAGAAAAUUGGUUGCCAAAUACCGAGAAAUGUCCUAUCAAGAGAGGCGACAAGAUCUACAAAAAAUGCAAACUCGGUACUUACAUCAACGAGGUUUGCGGCAGUCGACUGGAUUGCUAUAGGGGGCCCGGCGAGCAGUGUACUGUGAAGAGGGAAUUUGAUAACUACGGCAAGAAAUGCGCCCCCGGCUAUUAUUGUCAUAAGUCUUUGGGAGUCUGCAUAGGACUGGGGUACCAAAUAGACAGCAACAUGCAGUGGCAACUCAAUAGAUUCCCCUACACCUGGCGCCGAAGUGACCUCAAAGGACAAUCUGAUGAGUCGAAAUAUUUAUUUGAAGGAGGCCGAAACGAAUGA